GAAGGGGCAUUUUUGUAAUGAAUCUGACUGGGUGAGAAGAAACUACUGCAGCAGAAAGACACGACGAAAAUCUGGGCUUUCCCACUGUGGUAGCAAAGGGGGGAAUUAUGGGUUGGUGGUCCGCUUCAUGUUAGGAGGACACCCCUCCAUCUGUUCACAGUUCAGCCUGCUUCCAAUUUAAAGCUGGGAUUUCAACACAAACCUCAAUUUCUUUCCCCCAUUUUAAAUGCAAAGAAAGGCUUAUGAAUCAUAGUGUCCCUGCUCCUAGAAUUCAUUCCACUUUCCACACCCCCCCUCCCCAAAUUAUCCGGCUGUUUGUUUGAGUACCUGCUUGCUGUGGCACACAAUGGGCAGCUUUGAGACGAAAAAUUGAUAAUCUUCACGGAAGAGUAAUUUGAAUGAAAUUACACUUGACAGCCAGUCUCCAAGCAAGCGAGAGGCGCGAGGGAGCCUCAGCUAAGCUCUGAGGACUUGCUGAAGCCACUGCUGCUGGAGCUGCCCAGGGGGAAAAAGCACCCGCUUUUUCAACAUCUAAUUGAGCUUUUGACUAAUUCCGGGCGCCAGAUUCUCCCGAAGAAAGGUAGCCAUGGAAGAGAAUAUGGAAGAAGGGCAGACACAAAAAGGGUGUUUUGAGUGCUGCAUUAAAUGUCUGGGAGGCAUUCCCUACGCUUCUCUGAUCGCCACCAUCCUGCUGUACGCGGGCGUUGCCCUGUUCUGCGGCUGCGGUCAUGAAGCCCUUUCUGGAACAGUCAACAUUCUGCAGACCUACUUUGAGAUGGCCAGGACUGCUGGAGACACACUGGACGUUUUCACCAUGAUUGACAUCUUUAAGUAUGUGAUCUAUGGCAUCGCAGCUGCUUUCUUCGUCUAUGGCAUCUUGCUGAUGGUGGAAGGCUUCUUCACAACUGGGGCCAUCAAAGAUCUCUAUGGGGACUUCAAAAUCACCACCUGUGGCCGAUGUGUGAGCGCCUGGUUUAUCAUGCUAACAUACCUCUUCAUGUUGGCCUGGCUUGGCGUCACGGCUUUCACCUCACUGCCAGUGUACAUGUACUUCAACCUAUGGACCAUCUGCCGAAACACCACACUAGUGGAGGGAGCCAAUCUCUGCUUGGACCUUCGUCAGUUUGGGAUUGUGACAAUUGGAGAGGAAAAGAAAAUUUGUACUGUCUCUGAGAAUUUCUUGAGAAUGUGUGAAUCUACUGAGCUGAACAUGACCUUCCACUUGUUCAUUGUGGCACUUGCUGGAGCCGGAGCAGCAGUUAUUGCUAUGGUCCACUACCUUAUGGUUCUGUCUGCCAACUGGGCCUAUGUGAAAGAUGCCUGCCGGAUGCAGAAGUAUGAAGACAUCAAAUCGAAGGAGGAGCAAGAGCUUCAUGACAUUCAUUCCACUCGCUCCAAAGAGCGGCUCAACGCAUAUACAUAAAUAAGUUUCUCUGUUCCUUACCAUUCAAAUGCAUUGGUGUUUAAUUAAGGGCCAUCCAACCAUCCAACCUGUGAAAAGCAAAAUGCGAGUGCUUCUCAUCAAAGAUAUGUAGGGUGACUAAUGAAUCACCUGAGUAGAACUCUUUGCUGUUAAGCAUUCAGUCUCCUAAUUUGUUCAAUUGGAAUAACCAAAUCUCUUCUACAAGCUCCUAUUCAGUCUUUUUUUUUUUUAAUUUUCAAACUGAUUUAGUAGUUCUGUAAGAUCAAAGAUAUUAACAUUGUCAAAUGCAAAUAUUUGUUUGAUUUUUAAUCACCUCCCACAUAUCACACAUAACACUUUUUGCAUUGUUUCUUAUGUUUUGAAAAGAAAAUAGCUUUUUAUACUUUUUAGUUUUGAUUUCGGUAACUAGUUUAACUACAGGUAACCUUCAAAGGGACCAUUGUACAUUAUGAACAAGAGACAGAGAUGGCAUCAUGAUAACUCUUCUUGAAAUAUGGAAAUCUAGUCUGGAGAUCAGUGGCCACAAGGGCCACAAGGCCCUGGUUAAUGUUUUCAUCAAUCUAAGGUGCAAUUUCUAAAUUUAUAAGGGUAGGUUAAAAAAAAAGUGCUUCUUAUCUUUGUUAACAUUGUAUUUUUUUUCCUCAAUGUACUUAAAAGGUAUUUCUCUGAUUACUCAUGUUUAUGUUGUGAGCAUGUAGAAACAGUGAUGCUAAUGCAUGGCCAGUUGCCUUUCUAAGAUUGUGACACCAGGCUUACCUUUUAAAGUUUAGUGUAGAAACAAUUAUCAUGGAAAUAACUACUGUGGACUGUUGGAGAAUGAUCUUUUUGUGAUUUAUGCAGUGGCUGGAUUGGAUCUUUUAAUAUGCUAAUGUGGAAAAUUAAUUACCUUUAUGAAGGUGGUAUAUUGAACAUAAGCACACUAACCCCUCAAGACUUGUUUAACCCACUUAAAACUUUUAAUGGAUUGCACCUCCGUAAGCUAUUUCUUAAAAUGUGUAUGAUAUAUUUGAAAAGACUUCCAUUAAUAUAAUAGCUUUGCUUGCAGCCUUCCAAUUUAUGUUGGUUUACCUGUAGUGUUUUCUAAAGGGUGGUCAGAGGCCACUAUAGAAUGUAUUGUUUGGGAGUGUAGUGAUAUAUUUGUGUUUUUAUUUCAAGUAAGUCAUUUUAACCGAAUGUUCAUUCAUAUUCAUUUAUAAGAAGUACCUAUAUCAAACAAAUUUUAAAAGAAAAACAAUCAGUGUUACUGGACCAAAUUUGGUGUUUAUUUUAACCUUGACUCUCUUUUGGUUAUUUCUAAUGCUACAAGAAUGCUGUAAAGUGUCAUUUAAAAUAAUGAUGUAGCCUGACAAGAGAUUUUGUCAGUGUAUAAACCUAGGUAGUAUUGUGCACUGAUUUGACCAUUGUGAAAUCCUCCCUCAGUGUAAGUGCAUUCCCAAUAAAAUUUAUUGAGUGAAACAAUCUUUGUACAACUACUAGUCAUGCAUCAUCAGUAAUUUUACAAGUUCUUGUAGUAGGUAGGGGGUAUUACUAGCGUUAUCUGUGGCAUGAUUAUGCAUUCUGUAAUAUUAAUUUGGGGGUCCUUUUGCUUUUUUAACACUUAGAUUAUCUUACUGGUUCAACAGUUUUUCUGAUAUAUGCAGUAUUAAAGAUAUUCAGCAAAAGUAUUAAUGGGCUUCUUUAAAUUCUAUAUUAUAGUGUUUCAGUUCUGUGUCUACAGUUUGUGAUGAUUUUUAAAACUGUCUUUUAAAUUUGUGUAACGAUGUUGACAUUUUGGCUUUCAUUUCCGGUUUUAGGGUUUGUAUUUUCACGGAGUGCUUUGUAGCAGGCAUUACAAGUAAUCUGUUUUGUACAUAAAUGUGCCAACAGCUUGAUGGUGGCGUUUUUGAAAUGUAGAACAAAGUGCUUGCAAAAUGUAAUAAAUACACUUGUGUACUUUGUGUACUUA